GUGUUGAGCCCAGUAAUGGUGGCUAAUCCAAUUAACCAGCGGUGUCCUAAAGCAACUAAUAUUCUUCCGACUUUGAUUGUCAUAGUCGUGUAUCUGGGUAAUCUAAAGCCUCUUGUCUCUCCUAAUCCUUGCUAAGCCGCUUUAGCUUGUAUUUUUUUGUUCAUUAAAACAACCAGAAACAGGAAACAAUCCUUACAACAAGCUCAAAAGAGCAGCGGGGGGCGAAAUCGCCUAAUCAAGGGGACAAGUCCUUAAACGGGUCUUGCCAGCUACCCAAUCGGCUGCGGCACUUGCACCCCUAUUCACAAAACGAAAAUCAACACCAAAAAUGGGCAGAAAGGAGAAGGAUAUCAUAUACUCGAUCACUUUAGCUUGUAUUUGAGUGAUUAAAUCUUUAUUGUUGAUCCAAAACUAUAAGGAAAGUGACAAUAACGUUUCAAAAGCCACACUUUCGGGAGAUGGAAAUUUGUCAAUUAUCAGGACAUUUUUUCUCAGGCAUUCCCCUUCAAUUUAACCAUCGUUUACGAAAAUCAGCUAGAACCCCAAAGUUUUUAACUUAUGCGAAUGGGGUUAGCUGUUACCAAACGGAGAAGACGGGCCAAGAUUCUCAGAAUCGGAUGUUUAUUCUUGGCAUGGGUUUUGUCGGACAAUUCUUUGCUGAGGAGCUCCGGAAUGAAGGCUGGAUUGUCUCUGGGACUUGCACAAGCAUGAAGAAGAGAAAUGAAAUUCAGGAAAGAGGACUCGAUGUUCUACUUUUUGAUGCAAAUCAGCCAGAGAUGGGUACCAUGAAUACAUUGAAAUCCUAUACACAUCUUCUUGUCUCAAUUCCUCCUAUUAUGGGUAUUGGUGAUCCGAUGCUUCAACAUGGAGAACUUCUAAGAAGUACAAUGAUAGAUGGCAAUCUUCAGUGGCUCUGUUAUUUGUCCUCUACAAGUGUAUAUGGGGAUUGUGGUGGUGCAUGCGUGGACGAGGAUUUCCUUGCUAGCCCUACAAAUGAGAUGGCUAAAUUGAGGUUAGUUGCUGAGCAAGGAUGGUUGAAUCUAGCACAUGAUGUUGGGAUCAAGGCACAAGUAUUCCGACUUGGAGGUAUCUAUGGCCCUGGUAGAAGUGCCGUUGACACAAUAAUUAAGCAGGGACCUUUAUCAGAAUCCCAGAAACGGAGAGUUGCUAAACAAUUCACGUCCAGAGUUCACGUGGCGGACAUUUGUCAAGCACUCAAGGCCAGCAUUCGCAUCCAACUCUCCAGGAGAAUUUACAAUAUUGUAGAUGAUGAUCCAGCAUCUCGGAAAGAGGUAUUUGCUUAUGCAUUGGACUUGGUUGAGAAAAAGUGGCCUUCUCUGGUCAAGGAAAUCACUUCUCAUGAGAGAGCUGAACCAUUUGUUCAAAAAACAACUUUAAAAGGUGAGAAACGAGUUUCUAAUGCGCAUAUGAAGAAUGAAUUGGCUGUGCAGCUUCUUUAUCCAAGCUAUAAAUCUGGAUUACAGAGCAUAAUCGACCAGAUUGGGAACCCAUUUUAGCUAUAAAUCUGUAUGCAUUUCACCAGCGUUCAUUCUUGGCUAGUUUUAGAGACUUUUUUUUUAAGGCAAAACCACAAGGUUGCGUAACUGUGAAGUAACAAGCUUUGUUGUUUUUGUUGUUCUACUGUAAAUAUGUCAUGCCUUAUUGAAGUUAUUUAUGUCUGAA